AUGGCCCUUGUUAGAGCUCAAGAUGCCUCCUCUUCCGAGAAUUUUCCUUGUCGUUACGACGUGUUCUUGAGUUUCAGAGGUGAAGACACUCGCAAAACUUUUACCGACCACCUCUAUACUGCCUUCGUCAACUCAGGGAUUCAAACUUUCCGGGACGACGAUGAACUAGAGAGAGGAGAAAAUAUCAAGCCAGGACUGCAGAAAGCAAUCCAAGAAUCGCGAAGUUCUGUCAUUGUGUUUUCGAAAGACUACGCGUCAUCCAAAUGGUGCCUUGACGAGCUUGUGUUGAUCCUUGAACGCAAGAGGAUCUCAGGCCAUGUAGUUUUACCAGUCUUCUAUGACGUUGAUCCAUCUGAGGUGAGGAAGCAGACAGGAAGUUUAGAAAAAGCAUUUGCUGGACACCAAAAAAAUCGAUCUUUGAACAAGGACAAGGUAAAUGUAUGGAAGGCAGCACUUACAGAAGCUGCUAAUCUAGGAGGCAUGGUCUUACAAAACGAAGCUGAUGGGCAUGAGUCAAAGUUUAUCAACAAAAUUGUUAAAGUGAUUGAAGGCAAGCUAAGACGCAACCCCUUAAGUGUUGCUCCUUACCUGAUUGGAAUGGAUCAUCGAGGUAGACCACCAUCGCACAAGUUGUUUAUAAUUCAAACUUUUAAAAGAUUUAAAGGAAGCAGUUUCCUUGAAAACAUCAGAGAAAUUUCUGAAGGGCGCAACGGCUUGGUUCAAAUGCAAAUACAACUUCUCUCUGAUAUUUUGAAUGGGAGAGAAGUGACAGUACGAAGUGUCAGUGAGGGAAUACGUAAGACUAAAGAUGUCAUAAGUUGUAAGAAGGUUCUUCUUGUUCUCGACGAUGUAGAUCAUUUGAGCCAAUUUGAUGCAAUACUUAGAAUGCGAGAUUGUUUUUAUCCUGGGAGUAAAAUCAUUAUAACAACUAGAUGUGCAGGGUUGUUCAAGGCUGAGGUUGUUAAGGUGCAUAACGUUGAAACUUUUAAUCAUGAUGAAUCAUUGGAGCUCUUUAGUUGGCAUGCUUUUGGACAGGACCAUCCCAUUGAAGGUCACACGAAACUUUCAGAAAAGGUUGUAAGCCAGAGCGGAGGACUUCCAUUAGCUCUUAAAACUUUGGGUUCUUCACUGUCAGGGCAAAGUAGAGCUGUAUGGGAAAGUGCAUUAAAGAAAUUGGAAGUUAUUCCAAAUGGUGACAUCAUGAAUAAGCUCAAAAUAAGCUAUGACUCUUUACAAGAUAACCAUGACCAGGACUUAUUUCUCCAUGUUGCAUGUUUCUUCAUUGGAAAGGACAAGGAUGUCACUGUGAAAAUACUGGAUGGAUGUGAUUUCUAUACGACUGUCGGCAUUCAAAGUCUCAUUGAUAUAUGUCUGGUAACUAUAGAUGGAGAUAAUAAGUUGAGGAUGCAUCAAAUGAUUCGUGAUAUGGGAAGAGGAAUUGUUCGCCUUGAAUCAAAGGAGCCUGAAAAACGCAGCAGAUUAUGGUAUCGUAAGGAUUCUCUCAAUGUAUUGAGAGAAAAGAAUGGUUCAAAAAAAAUUAGUGGUCUUGCCCUGCAUAUGUACCGUGUAGAAACUCCUUCAGGAAAUUCAAAAAAGGUAGUCUUGGAAACCAAUUCAUUUACAAGGAUGGUGAAACUGAGAUUACGCCAGCUGAGUUAUGUACAACUCAGUGGUGGUUAUGAAGAAUUUCCUAAAGGAUUGAGAUGGUUGUAUUGGCUUGAGUUCCCUUUAGACUCUAUACCCUCUGAUUUUCUUUUGGAGAGCCUGGUUGUUCUUGAAAUGCACGACGGUAGCUUAAGAAAAAUAUGGAAGGGAACAAAGUUUCUUCCAUCAUUAAAGAUUCUUGAUCUCAGUGGUUCCUAUAUCCUCACUGAAACUGGUGACUUCUCGUUGGUCCCCAAUCUUGAGAGGUUGAUUCUUGAAGAUUGUGUAAGCUUGGUUGAUGUCCAUGAGUCCAUUGGAAACCUAGAGAAACUUGUGCACCUGAAUAUGAAAAAUUGCAAAAAUAUUAGGAAGCUUCCAAAGAGAAUUUCUAUGCUAAAAUCACUCGAAACUCUCAUUUUAUCUGGUUGCUCUAGUCUUAAUGAGUUCCCAAUGCAGAUGGGGGAAAUGGAAUCUCUAAAAGUGUUUAAAGCAGAUGAAAUUCCAAUAGGUCAACUACCCACUUUACCCUACACUUUAGUUGUUUUAAGUCUUGUAAACUGCAAUCUUUCUUAUGAUUCUUUUCCACGAGAAUUCGGUAACAUACCAUCAUUGCAGAAAUUGGAUUUAAGUCAUAAUCCGAUUUGUAGCUUACCAGAUUUCAUCAGAGGCCAUACAGGGCUCGGUCAACUUGCAUUUGGCCAGUGUACGAGGCUCAAAUCGCUUGUAGGGCUACCAAGAGUAAACAUGUUGGUCGCGAUCCAUUGUGACUCACUGGAAAAAGUAACAUUCCAAUCCAUUUCAUGCAUACCAGGGAGAUUCAUUAAUGGUUUCACCUCAAAACUGGUUGAGAUUGAAUAUUGGUACAAGUUAGAACCCAUUGGAAGAGUUGAUGCAAAAAUGAGAAACCUUUUGGGCUUGUGCAACUUGGAAUCUAUGGAAGCCAUUAGCAUUAGGAUGUACACUCCAGAUUGGCUCUCUUCAGAAGCUGGGAAAAUCCGUCCCAUCGAGGGACUGCAUGAAUCUGGUAUAUUCAGCACAUUUCUUCCUGGACAUAAGGUUCCAGGACAGUUCAGUGACAGAAGUGAAGGAUCCUUAGUAUCUUUUACUGUGCCUCCUUUACUUCCUAAUCUUCGGAUUCGAGGCUUGAACAUCUUCACUGUCUACACAGAGUAUUUCAACGGCUAUUCCUCCUCUAGCAUACCUAAUCCACUACUUAUCAGAGUCUGUAAUAAGACAAAGGGUCUGAAGUGGAUCUAUGCACCAUCAUGCCAUGGUGUUCCUGACGAUGAAAACCAAGUGAUAUGGUUAAGUCAUUGGAAGUUGGGAAGUGGAUUGGAAGGCGGCGAUGAAGUGAGUGUUUCAGUGUUUACGAAACCUUCAUUUCGGGUGAAAGAAUGUGGCAUCCAGCUUGUGCAUGAGCAAGAAGAUGAGAUGAGUACCCAACACAACACUAUAGUUCCUAGUUAUUUAUCUGCCAUUGGUCGGGAUUUGUCAGAAUUUAUUCCAGGAACAUACUACCUAGGGGGUGAACCUUUUCUCAGACUAACUAGAGAAGAUGUUUUGGGUUGGAAAAAGGAAGUUUGGUUCAAUGACAUCUCUGGAGACUCUGAUGAAGAAACAGACAAAGAAGAAAUACAGCAGGGUGACGAGCCGCUUGCGCUGGUAGCAGCAGCCGAAACAUUAGUAGAAGCAGAGAGGGCAAGCAGAGGCAACAAGAUUCUCAUUAUGACUGCAGUCUUCUUUCUCUUCCUUUCUCUAAUCUCUCUUCCUUCUCUCCCUUUCCUGUCAAAGAUGUACACCCCAGAUAUGCUCUGUUCGAAUGGCAGGAUGCAUCCCAUUGAGGGACUGUAUGAAGAUGGUAUAUUUAGCACAUUUCUUCCUGGAAACGAGGUUCCAGGCCAGUUCCAUAGAAGUAAGGGGUCCUCAGUGUCUUUUACUGUGCCUUUACUUCCAACUCUCAAGAUCAGAGGCUUGAACAUCUUCUCUAUUUAUGCAAAUUCCAACGUGUAUUCUUUUUCUAGUAUGCCUAAUCCAGUAAUUAUCGAAGUCAGUAACAUUAGCAAGGGUAUGAACUGGGUCUACGCCCCAACAUGCUAUGGUCUGCCGGACGAAGAAAAUGACGUGAUGUGGUUAAGUCACUGGAAGUUUGGGAGUCUAUUGGAAGGCGGGGAUGAAAUGAAUGUUUCAGUAGUUACAAAACCUUCGUUUCAAGUGAAAGAAUGUGGCAUCCAGCUUGUGCAUGAGCAAGUAUGGGAGAUUAGUAGCCAACACGGCGACACAGAUCCUUGUUAUCCAUCUGACAUUGGUGGGAAUUUGCCAGAGUUUAUUCCAGGAACAUACUUCAUGUGGGGUGGACCCCUAAAUAAAGAAUGUAGAAAUGUUGUUUUUAGCUGGAAAAGAGAAGAUUGGUUCAAAGAAAUCUUUGGAGACUCUAAUGAAGAAACAGACAAAGAAGAAAGGCAGCCACAGGGUGACGAUGAGCCGCUUGCACUUGCGGCAGCAGCAGAAACAUUAAAAGAAGCAGAGAGGACAAACAACAACUGUGGUAGCAGAGGCUCUAGAAGUGCUAAUCUUGGGCUGUCCCAUCCAGAGUAUCCUCAAUUACUACUAUGGACCAGUUGUGCGUUUGGAGUAUCCUCACUUGCUAUAGAGUUCAAUAUGACAACUGAGCGGAGCGGUGAUGUUUUAUGUUGCACUUAUCACGUGUUCUUGAGCUUCAGAGGUGAAGACACUCGCAGGACUUUUACUGACCACCUUUAUACAGCCUUUGUCAAUUCAGGGCUACAAACUUUCCGAGACGACGAUGAACUUGAGAGAGGGGAAGGGAUCAAGACAGAGCUGGAGAAAGCAAUCCAACACUCACGAAGUUCUGUCAUUGUGUUCUCGAAAAACUACGCGUCUUCCAAAUGGUGCCUUGACGAACUAGUGAAGAUCCUUGAACGCAAGAGGGCCUCUAAUGAGCAUGUAAUUUUACCAGUCUUCUAUGACAUUGACCCAUCUGAGGUGAGGAAACAGACAGGAAGCUUGGCAAAAGCAUUUGCUAGACACCAACAGAACCGAUCUUUGAACAAGGACAGGAUAAGUGGAUGGAGAGCAGCACUUACAGAAGUUGCAGAUCUGGCAGGGAUGGUCUUACAAAAUGAAGCUGAUGGGCACGAGGCAAAGUUUAUUAAGAAAAUUGUUAAAGUGAUUGAAGGCAAGCUAAGUCGCACUCCCUUAAGUGUUUCCCCUUACCUGAUUGGAAUCGAUCAUCGAGUGAAAGACAUUAAUUCAUGGUUGCAAGAUGGAUCCUCCGAUGUUGGCAUAUGUGUAAUUUAUGGGAUUGGUGGAAUAGGGAAGACAACCAUUGCGCAAGUUGUUUACAAUUCAAAUUUUUCAAGAUUUGAAGGAAGAAGUUUCCUUGAAAAUAUAAGGGAAAUUUCUGAACAACCCAAUGGAUUGGUUCAAGUACAAACGCAACUUCUUUCUGAUAUUCUGAAUGGGAGAAAAGUAAAAAUACACAAUAUUAGUGAGGGGAUCACUAAGAUUAAAGAUGUCAUAAGCUGUAAAAAAGUACUUCUUAUUCUCGAUGAUGUGGAUCAUAUGCGCCAAUUAGAUGCCAUACUUAGAAUGAAAGAUUGGUUUUGCGCAGGAAGUAAAAUCAUUAUAACAACUAGGUCUGUGGGGUUGCUAAAGGCUCAUCAAGAUGUUAAGGUGCAUAACAUUGAAACUUUAAAUCAUGUUGAAUCACUGGAGCUCUUUAGUUGGCAUGCUUUCGGACAGGACCAUCCGAUUGGAGGUUACAUGGAACUUUCAGAAAGCAUAGUAAAGCACAGUGGAGGGCUUCCUUUAGCUCUUCAAACUUUGGGUUCUUCUCUAUCAGGGCAAAGUAUAGAUGUAUGGAGAAGUGCAUUAAAGAAAUUGGAAGUUAUUCCAAAUAGUGACAUCAUGAGUAAGCUCAGAAUAAGCUACGACUCUUUACAAGAUGACCAUGACCAAAAUCUGUUUCUCCAUAUCGCAUGUUUCUUUAUUGGAAAUGACAUGGAUGUUGUUGUCACAAUACUAGAUGGAUGUGAUUUCUUUACAAUUGUUGGCAUGCAAAAUCUCAUCGAUAGAUGUUUGGUAACAAUUGAUGAGUAUAAAAAGGUGAAGAUGCAUCAAAUGAUUCGUGACAUGGGAAGAGAAAUUGUUCGCCUCGAAUCAAAGCAGCCUGAGAAGCGUAGUAGAUUAUGGCAUCAUAAUGAUUCUCUAAGUGUAUUGAGAGAAAAGAACGGUUCGAAAAAAGUUGAAGGACUUGCCCUGAACAUGCAUAUGUACCCUGUAGAAAAUCGUUCAAGAAAUUCGAAUAAGGUGGUCUUGGAAACCAUUGCAUUUACAAGGAUGGUGAAACUAAGAUUACUACAGCUUAGUGCCGUACAACUCAAUGGAGGUUAUGAAGAAUUUCCUAAAGGUUUGAGAUGGUUGUAUUGGCUUGAAUUUCCUUUAGAUUCUAUACCCUGUGAUUUUCUUUUGGAGAGCUUGGUUGUUCUUGAAAUGCACUACAGUAGCUUAAGAAAAAUCUGGAAGGAAACAAAGAGUCUUCCAUCUUUAAAGAUCCUUGAUCUCAGCUAUUCCCGUCACCUCAUUGAAACUGGGGAUUUCUCUUUGGUCACCAAUCUAGAGAGGUUGAUUCUUAAUAAAUGCAGGAGCUUGGUUGAUGUCCAUGAAUCCAUUGGAAACCUGGAGAAACUUGUUUACUUGAAUAUGAAAGACUGCGAAAAUAUUAGGAAGCUUCCAAAGAGCAUUUCUAUGCUAACAUCACUUGAAACACUUAUUAUAUCUGGUUGCUCAAGUCUUAAUGAGUUCCCAAUGGAGAUGGGGAAAAUGGAAUCUUUAAAAGUGUUUCAAGCAGAUGGGAUUCCGAUAGAUCAAUUACACACUUCCACUUUUCCCUGCAAUUUAGUUGUUUUAAGUCUAACAAACUGUAAUCUCUCUGAUGAUGCUUUCCCAAAGGAUUUUGGUAACUUAUCCUCGUUGCAGAGCUUGGAUUUAAGUCAUAAUCCAAUUCGCAGCUUACCAGAUUGCAUCAGAGGCCUUACCGCGCUUGAUCACCUUGCAUUUUCGCAGUGUACAAGGCUCAAAUCGCUUGUCGGGCUACCACGAAUAACUGAACUUGUUACGAUCCAUUGUGAGUCGUUGGAAAGAGUUACAUUUCAAUCAAUUUCGUGCCUACCGGAAAAGUUUAUUUAUGGUUACAACUUCAAGCUAGCUGAGAUUGAGUACUGGUACAAGUUAGAACCCAUUGGAAUGGUGGAUGUUGAAAUGAGAAAGCUCUUGGGCUUGUGCAACUUGAAUUCCAUGGAAGCCAUUAGGAUGUACACACCAGAUAGGCUCUCUUCAGGAGAUGGGACUAUGCAUCCCAUCCAGGGACUGCAUGAAUAUGGUAUAUUCAGCACAUUUCUUCCUGGAGAUGAGGUUCCAGGACAGUUUAGUGACAGAAGUGAAGGAUCCUCAGUAUCUUUUACUGUGCCUCCUUUACUUCCCAAUCUUCGGAUUCGAGGCUUGAACAUCUUCACUGUCUACACAGAGUGUUACAACGGUUAUUCCUCCUCUAGCAUACCUAAUCCACUACUUAUCAGAGUCUGUAAUAAGACAAAGGGUCUGAAGUGGAUCUAUACACCAUCAUGCCAUGGCGUUCCAGACAACGAAAAACAAGUGAUGUGGUUAAGUCAUUGGAAGUUGGGGAGUGGAUUGGAAGGCGGCAAUGAAGUUACUGUUUCAGUGUUUACGAAACCUUUGUUUCGUGUGAAAGAAUGUGGCAUCCAGCUUGUGCAUGAGCAAGAAGACGAGAUGAGUACCCAGCACAACACUAUAGUUCCUAGUUAUGCAUCUGCCAUUGGUCGGGAUUUGUCAGAAUUUAUUCCAGGAACAUACUACCUAGGGGGUGGACCUUUUCUCAGACUAACUAGAGAAGAUGUUUUGGGUUGGAAAAAGGAAGUUUGGUUCAAUGACAUCUCUGGAGACUCUAAAGAAGAAACAGACAAAGAAGAAAUACAGCAGGGUGACGAGCCGCUUGCGCUGGUAGCAGCAGCCGAAACAUUAGUAGAAGCAGAGAGCGCAAGCAGAGGCAACAAGAUUCUCAUUAUGACUGCAGUCUUCUUUCUCUUCCUUUCUCUAAUCUCUUUGCCUUAUCUCUCUUUCCUGUCAAAGUACUUUAUCUGA